AUGCGGCAUAACUCUACUCUCAUCGGAACACUUGCAAUUUUUGCACACCUUCUUGUGCCACCUGUCAAUGGGAUACGAAUCCAGGUGGAUGCAUCGCAGGAGACGGGCGUGUUUAAGAACACUCAGAACACAAAUUGGCCCAUAAUCGGAUAUCCAGGCCCUACAGAUAAGCUCCUUGCUAAUCAUUGGGAUGAAUCGCGUACCAAUCAAAUCUUCAUAUAUCCUACCCCUCGCUAUCUUUUUACUGGUUAUGACCAAACUGGCAUUGCCAGUGAUCCAACCCUGAUCCAGAAUUACAAUUUCACAGAGCUUGAUGAGCAGAUGAGAUACGUUGUCUCCACUGGUCGCAAAGCAAGUAUCCAAUUUGAAGACCAUUUGGGACCCGAAUAUGCUACUCCAGAGAUGUUCGAAGAGGUUGGAUAUACCAUUGCAGAUCGAUAUGGAAAUGGUGCAAAUGGAUCUGGUUUUAAUGACGCUCUAGAGUUGAUUGAUUUCUUUCCCGAGAGGGAUCUUACUAACGCUACUCUGACCGAGUUGGAGGUUCAACGUUUCUUCGCUUUGGUGCAGGGAUUUGCGAUUGGUGUCCAUCGCGCGAACACGAGUGCUGGUGUUGGGGCAUUCUCCUCCAACCGCUUCUGGAUCAGUCCAUCAGUUUCCCAAAAUCCUUACAAUGAGCCAUUUUUCGAGUUCGUGGCAAAGAACAAGGUCCCGAUCAAAGCGAUCACUUAUCAUUGGCUCUCGCCGUUGACACAGGCACCAGGAGACCUGAUAGACUCCACGCGUCGUGUCCGUAAUGAGCUGGACAAAGUGGGACUUCAGAAUAUCCCAAUUUGGAUUACUGAAUACAAUCGUAACCCUGCCGGUUUCUUACCCAAAAAUGAAACGAUCAAAGCCGAGUAUGAUGACUUGAGCUUAUGUAAUGCGUAUAUCCAGUCAGCACAGAUAUAUGCCCAGGAAGCGCCACUAGAGCAAAUUUUUGUUUGGCCAGGUGUCUCACAUGGGUUUGUGGGAAUGGGUGAUGCUUAUUUCGAAGGUUACUAUGGACUUAACUCGAAUGGAACGGAUCGGGUGAACCAGAUAGGUACUGGCUGGGAGCUAUCCGGUAAAUUCAUUCGAGACACUCCAAAUCGGUUGGAAGCAACCAAGUUCAGCUCCGAUGGCCUCGCAUGGCUUGCAGGAAUUUCCAAUGACAAGAACACUGUGCAAGUUUUGACCUCAAAUUACCAGGUACCGGAUGAUGUUCUCGCUGGGGUCACCGAAGUAUAUGAUGAGUCCAGUAACUCGUCCGCGCCUGGCUUUUGUGCCUCGGUAACGCCUGAAGGACUGUGGUGCUCUGAGUAUUUUUGCUAUGAUAUCCCAUCACUCCCAGGAUUAUGUCUUAGCACACCACAGCCACACUUGAACACCAAUCACGCCAAGGUGUAUGACAUCAUCAUUGAAAAUCUGCCAUGGACACCAGAGAACCAGUACCUGGUGACUAUUGAACGGACUUCGCCUCAUGCAAUCCGGGAGACUGUCGAACACACCAUUGCAAAGGUAGGGUGA